CAUGAGUGGUCAUGUCGAGGUGGAGGAGGAGGAGGACGAAGCAGAGUCCAGCUGUCUGUCCAUGAAGAGUGAGCGGUCCAAAGAUCUCCAAGCUUCAGAGACAAACCUGGAUCCUCUCACACAGAAGGUCAGUACUACACAUUCUACAGGAUUCAGCUGUCUGUCUAUAAAGAGUGAUCAGUCCAAAGAGAUUCCUCCAGACUUCAGUGAUGAACUUGGAUCCACAGACACAGAAGAGAAGAGGACGAGCAGUGUUUCUGAGGAGUUGUCCUGCUGUACUUUGUGUAAACAAGCUCUGAAGGAUCCUCUCUCUACCAGCUGUGGACACUGCUUCUGCAGACAAUGCAUCAACUCAUACUGGGAUCAGACGGCUUCAUCUGGACCUUCCUCUUGUCCCCAGUGUGGACCAAGAUCCAGAACCAAACCUGGACUGCAGAUAGUCAGUCAAACCAGUACCACAGAGAGAAGAGUCUGUGAUAGGAGAGAAGUGAGUGGGAAAGAGAGAGAGACACCCAGACAAACAGAGAGAGAGACACACAGACGAACAGAGAGAGAGACAGAGGUCAGUACUACACAUUCUACAGGAUUCAGCUGUCUGUCUAUAAAGAGUGUUCAGUCCAAAGACAUUUCUCCAGACUUCAGUGAUGAACUUGGAUCCACAGACACAGAAGAGAAGAGGACGAGCAGUGUUUCUGAGGAGUCGUCCUGCUGUACUUUGUGUAAACAAGCUCUGAAGGAUCCUCUCUCUACCAGCUGUGGACACUGCUUCUGCAGACAAUGCAUCAACUCAUACUGGGAUCAGACGGCUUCAUCUGGACCUUCCUCUUGUCCCCAGUGUGGACCAAGAUCCAGAACCAAACCUGGACUGCAGAUAGUCAGUCAAACCAGUACCACAGAGACAGAUGUUGGUCUGCAGGAGGCUUUAGAUGAACAUAGGAUCAGUCUGAGGAAGAGAUGUGAACGAGUGACUGAGGGAACUGAGAAAACAGACAGUAGAAUCCUCCUCAACAAGAUCUUCACUGAGCUUUACAUCACAGAGGGACUGAGUGAAGAUGUCAAUGUCCAACAUGAGGUGAGGCAACUUGAAACAGGUUCCAAGAUCAUCCAUGACACUCCGAUCAAGUGCUGUGACAUAUUUAAAGCCUUACCUGACCAGCAGAGACACAUUAGAGUUGUCCUGACAAAUGGUGUUGCUGGUGUUGGAAAAACCUUUGCAGUGCAGAAGUUCACUCUGGACUGGGCUGAGGGCUUGGAAAACCAGGAUGUGAAUCUGCUGAUUGUGCUUUCGUUCAGGGAGCUGAACCUGAUCAAAGAUAAGCGGUACAGUCUUCUUAUGCUGCUCCAUGUUUUCCAUCCAACAUUACAGAAGGUCACAGCAGAAAAGCUUGCUGUCUGUAGACCUUUGUUCAUCUUUGAUGGUCUGGAUGAAAGCAGACUUUCACUUGAUUUUAAGAGCAGGAUGGUUGUCUCUGGUGUCACACAGAAGUCACCAGUCAACCUGCUGCUGACAAACCUCAUCCGAGGCAAUCUGCUUCCCUCGGCUCUCAUCUGGAUAACUUCUCGACCUGCAGCAGCAAAUCAGGUCCCUCCUACAUGUGUUGACAGGAUUACAGAAGUAAGAGGCUUCACUGAUGCCCAAAAGGACGAGUACUUCAGAAAGAGAUGCAGUGAUGUAGAUCUGUCCAGCAGAAUUAUCUCACACAUCAAGACGUCCAAGAGCCUCCACAUCAUGUGUCAAAUCCCAGUCUUCUGCUGGAUCAGUGCUACAGUUCUGGAACACAUGUUGACCACACAGCAAAGAGGAGAGCUGCCCAAGACCCUGACAGACCUGUACUCACACUUCCUGCUGGUUCAGACAAAGAGGAAGAAGAACAAGUAUGAUAAAGGACAAGAGUUGAUAGAGGCUGACAGGGACUUUCUUCUGAAGCUGGGGAGGCUUGCGUUUGAACAGCUGGAAAAAGGAAACAUCAUAUUCUACCAAGAAGACCUGGAGAGGUGUGGCCUUGAUGUGACCAAGGCCUCAGUGACUUCAGGAGUUUGUACUGAGAUCUUCAAAAAAGAGUGUGUAAUCUUUCAGAAAACUGUCUAUUGCUUUGUUCAUCUGAGCAUUCAAGAGUUUCUGGCUGCAGUCUACAUGUUCCACUGUUUCAACAGGAAGACAGAGGUGCUGAGAGGAUUUCUGGGAAAAGAAAAACCAGAGUCUGUCCUUAACAAGGUUUUCAAUUAUUUAGGAAAGUCUGAUAACAGUGAGCUGUCACUUGAGGACUUCCUGCAGAGAGCAAUGGAGAAAUCCUUCAGAAGUAAAAAUGGCCACCUGGACCUUUUUGUUCGAUUCCUUCAUGGCCUCUGUCUGGAGUCCAACCAGAGAAUCCUAAGAGACCUGCUGGAAAGUACAGAUAACAGUCCAGAGAUGGUUCAAAGAGCCAUCUGCAACCUGAAGAAGAUGAACAGUGAUGACAUUUCUCCUGAUAGAAGCGUCAACAUCUUCCACUGUCUCAUGGAGAUGAAUGACCAAACAGUUCAUGAGGAGAUUCAAGAGUUUCUGAGGUCAGAUUACAAAUCAAAGAAGGAACUUUCUGAGAUCCACUGCUCAGCUCUGGCCUACAUGCUGCAGAUGUCAGAGGUUCUGGAUAUUUUGAUCCCAAUUAACUACAACACAUCAGUGGAAGGACGUCGGAGACUGAUCCCAGCUGUGAGGAACUGCAGGAAGGCUCAACUUAUUGUUUGUGGAAUCUCAGAGAGUGACUGUGAAAUCGUGGCCUCAGCUCUGAGCUCCAGCCCCUCCCAUCUGAUGGAGCUGUAUCUGAGUGGAAACAAGUUGCAGGAUUCAGGAUUGAAGCGACUCUGUGCUGGACUGGAGAGUCCCAACUGUAGGCUGGAGACUCUGACGUUGGUGGACUGUAGCUUAUCAAAGGUCAGCAGUGCUUCUCUGGCCUCAGCUCUGAGAUCCAACCCCUCUCACCUGAGACACCUGGAGCUGGGUGACAACAGGCUGCAGGAUUCAGGAGUGAGGGAGCUCUGUGGUUUUCUGGAGAGUCAGCAAUGCCAACUGAAGAUUCUGGGAUUGGUGAGCUGUGGUUUGUCAAAAACCAGCUGUGCUGCUCUGACCUCAGCCCUGAAAUCCAACCCCUCCCAUCUGAGAAUCCUGGACCUGAGCUCAAACAAGCUGCAGGAUUCUGGAGUGAAGGAGCUGUGUGGUUUCCUGCAGAGUCCACAAUGUAAACUGGAAAAUCUGGGAUUGAGGAGCUGCAGUUUGUCAGAGGUCAGUUGUUCUUCUCUGGCCUCAGCUCUCAAGUACAACCCUUCCUAUCUCAAAGUCCUCAACCUGAGCUCCAACAAGCUGCAAGAUGUGCAUUUAAAGCCUCUGUCUGAACUCGUGGAAAGUUCAGACUGUGCACUGGAGACUCUGAGAUACAAGCGAUGAUCUUGAUGAAGGUGAGCGUGAAGAGGAGGAACAGUGAUCUCUCUGAGUUAUAAGUAAAGUAUCACUGCAUCUAACCCUGAGCAUGAUGAAAUGGUAUGUGGAGAUGCAGCAGAACAAGGCUGGGAAGCAAAUGACCAACUAAUGGAACACACACCUUUGGUUUGUUCAAACACAUAUGAAGGAAUCUAUAGAUACUCAGGCAGCAUGAGCCCAACAGACAUAUGAAGGAAUCUAUAGAUACUCAGGCAGCAUGAGC